UGCCUGCGUGUUCACAUGCACCCACUUCCUUCUUGAAGUCUACUCCUCACAAGUAAAGGCUAUGGUGCGGGGUGCCUGAUUCCUGAGAAAUCUGAAGAUGUGGAAGUUUAUUUUUUCUUCCCAAAAUCAGCAGUAGAGGAACUCAGAAGUGUUUACAAAUCAGAAUAACUUUUAGACAAUAUUAAGGUGGUAAUCAUGAACACAAAAGAUUUUGUAGUUCUUCCAUGGGGAAAACCUGGAAAUUCUGUAAAGCUAAAAUAUAGAAAUGCUCAAGAACUGAGAAUGCAGAAAGUACAGUUAGAGUUUGAGAACCAAGAGAUGGAGAAGAAACUGCAAGAAUUCCGAUCCACAAGAAGCAAAGAAAAGGAAGAAAGAGAGUCAAGCGAAUAUUACUGGAAAUCUGGAAAAGUGGGCAAAUUGGGCAAUCAAUCAUAUAUGAUGUCACAAAAUAAAGGAAAUGUUGUUAAGUUUUCUGCUGGAAAAGUGAAAUUAAAAUUGCUGAAGGAACAGAUUCAAGAGCCAGUGAAACCAAAAGUUAAUUAUAAAAUGGCAAAUUCUUCAGAAUGUGAAAAACCCAAGAUAAAUGGGAAAGUUUGUGGACAGUGUGAGAACAAAGCUGCUCUACUGGUAUGCCUUGAAUGUGGAGAAGAUUAUUGUUCAGGAUGCUUUGCUAAAAUUCACCAGAAAGGGGCACUAAAGCUCCACAGAACAACUCUUUUGCAGGAAAAAUCUCAAAUAUUAUUCAGUGUAUUGGAUGUUGCCCAUCAGUUUAUAAAGGAUGUUAAUCCAGAUGAACCCAAAGAGGAAAAUAAUUCUACAAAGGAAACCAGUAAAAUUCAGCAUAAACCCAAAUCUGUACUUCUCCAAAGGAGCAGCUCUGAGGUAGAAAUUACAAUGACGAAAAGAGCAGAAUGUACAAAACCAAGAGAGAGUCUGUUGUGUGAAGGGACAUUCGAUGAGGAAGCUUCUGCACAGUCCUUUCAGGAAGUGUUAAGUCAAUGGAGAACCGGAAAUCAUGAUGACAACAAGAAACAGAAUUUAUACGCAGCAGUAAAAGAUUCAUUGGAAGAAUGUGAAGUACAGACUAAUCUGAAAAUUUGGAGAGAACCACUUAAUAUUGAACUUAAAGAAGACAUUCUAUCCUAUAUGGAAAAAUUAUGGCUUAAAAAACACAGGAGAACUCCACAGGAGCAAGUUUUUAACCUGCUACCAGAUACAUUCCCAUAUCCAUGUGAAACCACUGGUGAUGCACAGUGUUCUCAAAAUGAAAACGAUGAAGAUAGUGAUGGUGAGGAGACCAAAGUACAACACACAGCUCUUUUAUUGCCAGUAGAAACAUUAAACAUAGACAGACCUGAACCAUCUCUAAAGAUAGUCGAACUGGAUGAUACUUAUGAAGAGGAAUUUGAAGAACCAGAAAAUAUUGUGCCUUACAAAGUUGAAUUACCUGAUGCAGACAGUCAACAAAGUUGUGCUUUUCAUGAUUAUCAGAAGAAUAACUUUCCAUAUGAAAAUGGCAUCCAUCAACAUCAUGUUUUCAAUAAGGGAAAGAGAGACUUCUUAAAUCUUUGUCUGAGAAACAGCUCUACUUAUUAUAAAGAUAAUUCAAAAGCAGAAACUUCAAACACAGAUUUUGACAACAUUGUGGAUACUGAUGUGUAUUCUCCUGACAUUGAAAAAAUUGAGGAAAGCACCUCCUUUGAAAGAAAUUUAAAAGAGAAAAGUAUAGGUUUAGAAAGUAAUCAAAAGUCUGAUGAGUCCUGUAUAUCACUUGAAAGCAAGGACACUUUGCUAAGUAUAGAUUUAGAAAAAGCUCCCAUUGAGGAGAAAUUAUCUCAAGACAUCAAAGAAUCCUUGGAAUUCAGCAAUCUGCAUAAGAGGCCAAGCUUUGAAGACUCAAAAACUACAAAGUCAUCACUGUUGUUACAAGAAAUAGCCUGCAGAAGUAAGCCUAUAACAAGCCAAUAUCAAGGACCUGAGAGAUUCUUUAUUUUUGAUACAAGUGAAAGACUCAACUUACUUCCUUCUCAUCGUUUAGAAUGCAACAAUUCCAGUACUAGGAAUACACUUGCAGGUCAGAAAUCACAGAGACCUUCAACAGCAAAUUUUCCACUUUCCAACUCUGUUAAAGAAAGUUCCAGUUGCCUUUCAUCCUCUCAUCCUCGAUCAAGAAGUGCAGCUGCUCAAUCAUUAUCUAGAGCUGCUUCUGAAAUUUCAGAAAUUGAAUAUAUUGAUAUCACUGACCAGAAUGAGCUUUCCUUAGAUGACACUACUGAUCAACAUACCUUAGACAGUUUGGAAAAAGAAUUACAAGUGCUGAGAACUCUUGCAGAUACUUCAGAAAAGCUUUACAGCUUAACCUCAGAAGAGUUCCCAGAUUUCAGCAGUCAAUCACUGAAUAUAAGUCAGACUUCCACAGAUUUCCUUAAGACCUCACAUGUGAGGGGUCCCUGUGGAGUUGAGGAAUUGAGCUGUUCCGGAAGAGAUACUGAAAUUCAGUCUUUGCUGUCACUUUCUGAGAGCAGUACAGAUGAGGAGGAGGAAGAUUUUCUCAACAAGCAACAUGUCAUCACACUACCGUGGUCAAAGAGUACUUAAUGAUUAUUUGUACAUUACUUUUUCCAUUUUGUACCCAGAGUAAAGCAAACAACUGAGAAAAGUAACCAAGUGAUUACCUGUCCAAGUGCUGGAGAUUUUGAUUAUUAAUGUCUUUGAUGUUUCAAGGCAACAAACUAAUAAAAAUAAAAUUAUAAGUUCAA